AUGUCCGGAACGUCCACUCUCGCUACAAGCUUCUCUGCUGUGGCGGCAAAAGAUAAGACAGACGCCGACCCUGCUGCUCGUUAUCAAGACUGCCUGGCAUGCCGAGUAAUUGGAACGGCUGCGCUGGGCGGCGUCGGUGUGUACGCACUCAACCAAUCUCGCGCCCACCAGCCAGGAUCGAUCGUUGGGAAGCGGAUAAUGGCGGGAUUGGGUGUCUGUUUCCUAAUUGCAGGUGCUAUGCGAUGGACUAAGUAA